AUGAAGAUCCAAUUGUUUUUGGUGACAGUUGUGAUACAUUGUUCGUUGGCUGAUUAUUAUAAAACAAAGCCAAGCUUCAUAAACACGUGUAUGAAAAGUGAUCCUGAUUUUGACGAUUGUUCAAGAGACGCGGUACAACAGCUUUUCAACGCGUUAGGUCCAGGGCUGCCAGAAAUAGACUUGCCGCCAAUAGAUCCUUUAAAUAUUCCAAAACUAAGGAUAUUGCAAGGCGAAGGGCCGGUUAACAUAAAUGCCGCACUCGACAAUGUUGUAGUAACAGGUUUUGGUAAAACAGAAGUGCUGCAUAGCCAAGUCGACGGUAAAUCUUACGAUUUUUAUACUAAAGUUCGAGUUCCAAAAAUAAGAAUCGAAGGCACCUACGAUUUAAAAGGAAAAAUAUUACUAAUACCACUAGUCGGUCGUGGUCUGUGUUGGUUUGAGCCAAGUAACAUGACCAUAGAUAUUGUAAGCGAUGUUAAGAUGUACGAAAAAGGUGGUUUUCCAUUCUUCAAUGUAACUCAAGUGCAUGUAAAAUACAAUAUUGGAGGUCUAAAGUUACAUAUGGGUAACUUGUUCGACGGAAUAUCGUCACUUGAGGACAGCACGAACGCAUAUUUAAACGCUAAUUGGAAGCCAGUAUCUGAAUCUUUGAGACCGAUAUUAUCGAAAACUAUUGAAGAUAUUCUCCUUGGAUUUAUGCAACAAAUAUUCCACAAUUUACCAGCUAACUUCAUGAUUGGAGAUUUAAAAACUAAUUUAUUGAAAAGGAACACAGAUAAAGAAGUGAACGACUAG